UCCUCCCCGGUGGUCUUCAGCUCCUGAAGUCUGUCGGAGCCUCAGCCGCGGACUGCUGUCAGGCCGACGGGGAAGCAUGCUGCUGCAGAAACUGUGUGUGUGGAUGCUGUCCGUCCUGUGUAGCUCUGACCUGUGUUGGGGCUUUGUCUUCGGCCGGCCCAAACGCUCCGGAGAGGACGGGACUUCAGCCAGGACAGAGACUCGCUCUGGGACCCAGUACGUGCCGACCUCUGGCUCCUGCAGGAACAGGUGUUUUGAGCUGGUGGAGCUGGAGCCCCCAAACUGCCGCUGUGACAACCUGUGUAAGACCUACAACAGCUGCUGCUCCGACUUUAACCAGCUCUGCCUCCGAACAGAGGGAGGCUAUGAAUGCAGCAAGGAUCGAUGUGGCGAGAUGAGAAACGAACAGCACGCCUGCCACUGCUCCGAUGACUGCCUGGCCAGAGGAGACUGCUGUACUAACUACAAGAAACUGUGUAGAGGAGACACUUCAUGGUUGCAGGAUGAAUGUGAGGAAAUCAAGACCCCAGAGUGUCCUGCUGGGUUCGUGCGUCCACCGCUCAUCAUACUGUCGGUGGAUGGGUUCAGAGCUUCUUACGUGAAGAGAGGGAACACCGUCAUACCCAACAUCGAAAAGCUUCGGACAUGUGGAACCCAUGCUCCUUACAUGAGGCCUGUUUACCCUUCUAAAACGUUCCCAAACCUCUACUCCAUAGCAACAGGUCUCUAUCCGGAGUCUCACGGCAUUGUUGGAAACUCCAUGUAUGACCCAACGUUUGAUGCAACAUUUAACCUGAGAAGCAGAGAAAAACUGAACCAUCGCUGGUGGGGAGGACAGCCAAUCUGGAUCACAGCCCUCAGACAGGGGCUGAAAGCUGCCAGCUUCUUCUGGCCCGUGGCCAUUCCUUUGGAGAGGAGGAUACUGACCUUGUUGCAGUGGCUCCAUCUCCAUGAAUCAGAGAGGCCCUACGUUUACGCCAUGCACUCUGAGCAACCAGACACUUACGGGCACAAAGUGGGCCCAAUGAGCACAGAUCUUAAUCAUCCUCUGAGGGCGAUCGAUCGGAUUGUGGGCCAGCUGAUGGACGGGCUCAAGCAGAUGAAACUGCACCGAUGUGUCAACAUCAUCCUGGUGGGGGACCACGGUAUGGAAGAAGCUCACUGUGAUCGCACAGAGUUCCUCAGUAACUACUUGACCACUGUUGAUGACAUCAUCCUCAUUCCUGGGUCUCUUGGCAGAAUCCGCUCCAGAUAUCCCAACAACCCCAAAUACGACCCCAAAGCUGUCGUUGCAAAUCUAACGUGUAAGAAGGCCGAGCAGCACUUUAAGCCGUACCUGAAACAGCACCUGCCUAAGAGACUGCACUACGCCAACAAUCGGCGCAUUGAAGACAUUCACCUGCUGGUGGAGAGGAAGUGGCAUGUUGGCAGGAAAGUCCCUGAGGGGAGGAGACACUGUGGCUUCUCAGGAGACCAUGGAUAUGACAACAAGAUCAACAGUAUGCAGACUAUUUUCUUGGGCUAUGGACCUACAUUUAAAUUCAAGACCAAAGUUCCAGCCUUUGAAAACAUUGAGCUAUACAACAUCAUGUGUGAUCUCCUGGGUCUAAAACCUGCUCCCAACAAUGGAACCCAUGGCAGUCUGAACCACCUGCUGAGAAACCCACCCUUCAGGCCCACCAUGCCAGAGGAGGUGUCCAGGCCAACAGCCUCCAAUCUCGUUCCUAUGGCAACAGAGGACUUGGGCUGCAGCUGCGAUGAAAAGUUGCGUGUAAAAAGUAGGGGCCAGAGGGGUUUGAAAGUGACCCUUGUACGAGGCUAUAACCUGGAGUCACUCUGGCUCUGUCUCUUACAGAACAAAGUGGAGGACCUAAACCGACGAUUGAGGCAAGCUAUUGAUGACAACAGGAACCUGCCAUACGGUCGACCGGCUGUCCUCUUCCGGGCCAAAUACACCAUCCUCCACCAGAGUGACUACAUCAGCAGCUACAGUGAAACUCUCUUCAUGCCCCUCUGGACGUCCUUCACGGUCAGCCGACAGGUAGAGUUGUCCCCUCUGCCUGAAUCUCUGUCUAACUGUGUCAGGCCAGAUGCCAGAGUCCCACCAGCCUUCAGCCAGUCCUGUUCCAACUACCGGGCAGAGAAACACGUCACGUAUGCCUUCCUGUACCCGCCGCAGCUGUCUUCAAACCUGGAGAAAAAAUAUGAAGCUGUCCUCAUCACCAACACCGUGCCUAUGUAUCCUGCAUUUAAGAGAAUAUGGACCUACUUUCAGAGAGCACUGGUGAAGAAAUAUGCCACUGAGAGGAACGGGGUGAACGUUCUCGUUGGACCCAUAUUUGACUACAACUAUGACGGAGUCAGAGACUCGGCUGAGACAAUCAGAGAGUAUGUGAGUGGCACCACCCCCGUCCCAUCUCAUUACUUUGUGGUCCUGACCAGCUGCUUAGACUUCACACAGACUGCAGACUCGUGCAGCGGUCCACUCAGCAGUGCUGCGUUCAUCCUGCCACACCGACCCAACAAUGAUGAGACCUGCAAUAGCUCUGAGGAUGAGUCUCACUGGGUGGAGGACCUGAUGAAGAUGCACACAGCUCGGGUCAGAGACGUAGAGAUCCUCACAGGCCUGGACCUGUACCGAAGAACCAGCCGCAGCUACACGGAAAUCCUCUCCUUGAAAACAUAUAUGCACACCUAUGAGAGUGAGAUCUGACCUCAGCGGACUCUGUUUCUCCACCUGUGGUGAAUGGAUGUGGCGUCAUGGAGACAUUCGGUCCCCUGUGUCAGACUGGGCAGCACCAGCGGCUCUCAUCACGUGCAUUCAUCUCCAUCUGUUUCAUACUGCUUUAACACCACUGACCUUCCUGCUGGGAUACAUGCUAAGAAAAUGUUUUCAUCCCUCAUCUGACCUUCCUUUUCAGUUCAUGUACUGGUAGUCUUGCCAGUCAGUGCCCUUAAAGAUUUCCUAGAGUUGCUGACAGCUUUGCAGAAAUACAAUUUUUAAUCCUCUUGGCACCUUAUGACAAAUGGCCUACCCUACUCCAAAAGGACAGCUUUUUCUUUUCUUUUUCUUUCAUAAGCUACAAAGAUCACUAAAUAUAUCACAAUUUAACAAACAUAAGAGUCAUAUUUUUAUACAAAAAAUGCUUCCUAAACGGCUGUUAGGUAAUGCCAUAACAUUCAAAAUGUAGUUUAAGGCCGUUGCCUCAAAACGUUGUGGCCCUUGCAUCACAUGAACUGGAGAUGGUGUCCAGAGAUUUCUCUCUGCAGCACCACCAGGUUUGGAUUCAUUGCUUCAGAUCAUUAAACAAAUGUUAAUAUGAUUUAAAGCCAAAACAAGGAUGUGGGUGUGUGAGCGCACACACGCAUAAGGGCAAAAAUUUUCCCUAGAUCUGUUCCUGCUGCAGAGAUCUACCAGUUUAUCAGGCUAUCACAUUCCCACAGGUCAACAUGUACUCCCUCUGGCUGGAGAUUAUCCAUUAACAUCAUCUGUAUGCCACGCUCUAUAAGGAAGCCCUUGUGUUUUAAUGUGUAAUGAUGUAUCUGUGUUUGAGUGUUACAGAGGCUGUAAUAGCUAUAACAUGUCGCUCUGUGGAUGUCUGACUUGUAUGUGUGUAUGUUGUGACUUUGUUUUGUGCACAGUUCCAUUUAUAUUGAUUAUAAUGAAUGUGUUUUAUCAGAAAAACACCACCUGUGAAGGCAGUCUAUUUAUGUGUUAUGCACAUGUUUCCUCAGAAAUAAACAAGUGUUUUCAGGAA